AUGGCAGACUCCGCAGUGUCCUUUUUGGUUGAGAAGCUCGCUAUUUUGGUCGAGAAAGAGGUGAAACAAUUGAAAGGGGUACGUAGAGAGAUUGAAUUCAUCAAAGAUGAGUUUGAGCACAUGAAGGCCUUCUUAGAAAGGGCCGAGUCGUCGCAAGAAGAUGACCCUCAGUUGAAGAUAUGGGUGAAACAGGUUAGAGAGGUUGCAUACGACACGGAGGAUGUUCUGGAUGAAUUCAUGCUCAACUUGGCAAAAGAUCACGGGCAUGGGUUCAUGGGUUACUUUCGCAAGAUCAAGUCAUCCAUACAGAACUUGAAAGCACGCCAUUGUAUCUCCUCCGACAUAGCUGAUAUCAAGUCAAGAGUCAACAACAUCGCCGAAAGGCGUCGACGAUACAAUUUCACAGGGCAAAGUGCGAUCUCAUCCACCGGAGGCACCUCACAGCACGUCCUGAGGGAGGAUGGUUUUCUAGGCGAGGAAGGUGAACUGGUGGGGAUUGACGAGCCGGUGGAAAAUCUUAUUAAGUGGCUUCUCGAUGAAGAAUCCGGGCUUGAAGUUGUAUCAAUCUUAGGGAUGGGGGGUUUAGGGAAGACCACUCUAGCAGGACGAGUAUACAACGAUCAGCGAGUAAAAACCUUCUUCCAAAGCCAUGUAUGGAUCAAAGUCUCCCAGUCCUAUAAGAUUGAGGAUAUUUUGAGGGACAUGAUUGUACAACUUCAUAGAGAAUUUAGGCAAACGAUCCCUCAAGGAAUCGAAAUCAUGAGAAGCACGAGUCUCAAGCAGAUAGUGAAAGACAUUCUACAACAAAAGAGGUAUGUCAUUAUUCUAGAUGAUGUAUGGGGUAAGGAUGCACUAGAAGGUAUAAAAAAUGCAAUGCCCAAUAGCUGUUUAAGUAGCCGAAUAAUAAUCACCACUCGCAUAACUGACAUUGCUACCGCCUCAUCCAACCAAUCAAAAGUUUAUGAACUUAUGCCCCUAUCUCCAAAGGGAUCACGGUCCUUAUUAGGCAAGAAAGCCUUCUUUGGGAAUCCUUGUCCUUCUCACCUAGAAGAAGUUUCUGAAUGGAUUUUGAAAAAAUGUGAGGGUUUGCCACUUGCCAUUGUGGCAAUUGGUGGUCUACUCUUUGGAAAAGAUGUUCAGGAAUGGGAGAUGAUUUCUUGCAACCUUGCUGCAGAAUUAGAAAGCAAUGAUGUGAUGCAAAAUUUCAGGAAAAUUCUCAGCUUAAGCUACAAUGAUUUGCAUUAUAACUUGAAAAAAUGCUUUAUGUACUCGGGAGUGUUUUAA